GUGGAUCCAUGAACGAAGAGCUCAGUCAAGUUUUGUUAGUGGAGACAGUUACAUCAAUCCGAGCGUGCGGUAACACCGCUAGCGACACUCGUUCGUCUUUCUUUUCUCUCCAUUUUGUGGACAUAUCCACCGCAUUCCCUUGCUAGAGAGGAACCAGACAAACACAGUCGAGUGACCCACAAAGCACCGUUUCUUCAACACAACCCCCCUUCCCUCCCCAUCCCCAGGAAACCAGAAACUGAACAUGGACGGCUUCUACGACCAGCAGGUCCCGUUCAUGGUCCCGCCCAAUUCUCGUGUCGAGGAGCACAGCAGGGUCUUCAGUGACAGGAAGAGGAAGUUUGUGGACACUGAGCUCGCCCAGGACACAGAAGAACUCUUCCAAGAUCUCAGUCAGCUUCAGGAUAUCUGGAUCGCAGAAGCCCAGGUGCCAGAUGACGAGCAGUUCGUCCCAGACUUCCAGUCGGAUAGCUUGAUGUUUCAUGGACCGCCGGCGACCAAGAUCAAACGCGAGCUGACUCCCUCCAAAGAGCUGUCCCCGUGCCACCAGGACAGGAGUCCCAUUCCCUACGCAGAGAAGUGCCUUUACAGCUACAGUGCCUGCGACAGACAGUCCACUUCUGGCUUCAAACCCUUAACCCCUCCCUCCACGCCAGUGUCUCCGUGUGGGUCCACGAGCGCUGCUGGAGCGAGGCCCCAUAACGAGCCUACACCACCCCCUCGUACCAGUGUAGCCAACCUGAACCCCGGAGCACGGCCGCUACAUGUCCCACAGCAGCAACAGCCCCUCACGCAGAGUGCAGGCCCGCAAAACCAGCCGACGCUCUCGGUCCACAGCCCGCCAUUCGCCGUGCCGUGUGCGCUAAUCGGCCAGGAUGCCAAUAACUUUACACCGGAGCACCGGUUCCAGAGGCAGAUGUCAGAGCCAUCGCUACCUUUUCCCCCAUCAGAGAGUCAAGGGCGACCCCACUUCCUGCCCCAGCUGGCCAAUAUCAACGGUCGGCCGCACGAGGGCCGGCCGCUGUACCACCGGCAACUGUCCGAACCCCUGGUAGCCGUGCCCCCGCAUGGCUUCAAACAAGAACUCAUUGACCCGAGAUACGCCGAGCAGGGCGUUCCCAGCGGAGGCCCGCCGCACCAGGCUGCGUUCCACUCAAUGGCCAUCAAGCAGGAGCCCCGUGAUUUUUGCUUUGAUACCGAGGUGCCCAACUGUCACUCAUCCUUUGGGACGGCGGGGAGCUACUACCAAAAUAACCGCGAAAGCUUCUCCUUCGAGCGAGAUACUCAACUCUACUUUGACGAUACCUGCGUUGUCCCUGAAAGAUUAGAAGGUAAAGUGAAACAGGAGCCCUCCAUCUACCGAGACGGACCCCCAUACCAGCGCCGCGGCUCCCUGCAACUCUGGCAGUUCCUUGUCACUUUGCUCGACGACCCGGCCAACGGACACUUUAUCGCCUGGACAGGUCGAGGAAUGGAGUUCAAGCUCAUUGAGCCUGAGGAGGUGGCUCGCCGCUGGGGCAUCCAGAAGAACAGACCAGCCAUGAACUACGACAAGCUGAGUCGCUCUCUGCGUUACUACUACGAGAAGGGCAUCAUGCAGAAGGUAAAGGUGGCCGGUGAGCGGUACGUGUACAAGUUUGUGUGCGACCCCGAGGCCCUCUUCUCCAUGGCCUUCCCCGACAACCAGAGGCCUAACCUGAAAGCUGACCCGGACAGCCUGCCAGGCCUUGACGAUGACACAGUGCCCCUCACCCACUACGAGGAGAACGCUCCCUACCUAUUGGACAGCGCAGAUCAUUGUGUUGCUGGCUUGCCCUUCCCCGACGGUUGCAGCUACUGAACCACCACACAAGAAUGCAAAAAAAAAAAAAAAACACUCCCCCAAGUCUCUUUACGCUUUCAAAUUCAGAGGUGCACCUGCAGAGUGGCUCGCUAAGGCCGUCGUGGAUCUCCUUGCUUGCUGAUUUAAGGAAAAAAAGUUGAUCUGCCACAAACAAUGGACAAGUGUUAAAGGUGUGACAAACUGGAGUGGGUUGUGAGACCGGUGAACUGAAACUCUAGCUCCUUCCUUUGGAGUGGAAAUAGAUGCAAGGUCUCAAGACCUCCAACUUUUCACAAAGAACCUGGGACGAAAGAGCAGAUUUUGUGAUUUUUUUUUUUUUUUUUGGGGGGGUGACAAUCUGAUUUUCCUAUACAGUACAAUCAAGAGAAAUCGAAAAUGUAACAGGACUAAGUGCAGUACUGUUUGAGAGAUUCCAACUGCUCCUUGUUUUUAUGCUUCUGCACCUGAGUUAAAACAUGAGUGAAAGGGCUGUGAACUGCAUAAAUAGAUUGUCCAACAACCUUUUAUGAUCAUUUCUGUAGAUAUGACUUUUUUUUUUUAUUGCCAUUUUUUUGGACUUUCGAGUAUUACAGGCUAGUUGGUUGGGCUCCUCUCUCGUGUAAAUGUGUUCUUUAGUUGUCAUACCCGUGUAAGAGAUUGUAUCUGCUACCACCCUCUUUGAAGACUGCAAACCUUGGUACAAGUCUGUGCUGUAUUGUUCAAUUUUAGAACUAAUUAGCACUCGUCUAAAAAAAAAAAAAAAAAAAAGGGAUGCAUAUGCAAGAACAUAAUUCUCCCGCAGAGACCUUUUUAUAAAUGGUCGAGUUGCUCUUUUUUGCUUGUUUUGUGUGCGUGUGUGUUUGUUUUUACAUUGCCAUCUCCGCUGUGGUCAACCAACUCCUGAUGUGCGCAUUUGGAGGAAGCAUCGUGGACUGCAUGCGGAGACUAAAAGA